UCCCUAUUGAUGAAGAACUCAACAAGUUUUUUGGGUGGGGUGACGAUCGCUCAAGGUGGUGUUCUGCCCAACGACUGAGAAGAAAGAGAAGAAGAAGACUUGAUAGUACAUGGAUUAUACCCCUUCAUCCAAAAAUGGCCGAAACUAUGCUGGAAGAUUCUACCGACUCCUGGAAAUACGUCAUCCUUCUGAGUAAAUUUGUGCUUCUCUUCGUUGAUGGCGGGAUCGCCAAGUCUUUUGGAGUCCUCAUCCCCGGUGUCGUCGUCCGGUACGACAGUGACUUUGGGACCGUUGCCUUAGUUUUGAGUCUACCCAGCACGAUGAUGUACUUUACCGUUCCCAUAGCCACACUCUUGAUGAAAGUGAUGACGCCGCGGACAAUGGGGAUGAUUGGCGGACUGUUGAGUGCAGUGCCCAUUAUCUGUGCUCCUUUGGCUCAAUCAAUCUACAUCCUUGGGAUGAUGUUGGCUGUAACAGGUUUCGGCAUGGCUCUUACAUUUUUCCCGAUAAUGGUGUCCAUCAACGACUACUUCGCUAAGUCGUUCAUCUUCUCAAACACCCUGACCCUCUUCGGAACGACGUGCGGGGCUUUUCUGGUCCCUGUCAUUAUAGAGAGGUCUUUGGAAGCCUAUGGAUACAACGGUGGAUUUCUCAUCCUGGGCGGCAUUGCUCUUCACGCCGUGGUUUGCGGUGCUGUCAUCAGACCACCUAGGGAUAGGAACAUAGACAACGUGAGACCCUCCGCCGAAGGAGAAGGAGAUUCAUUGAUAGUAGUCCAACCAGCUGAGUCAACUGAGAUUGAUGUACUAGCUGUAGGUGAGACUUCAACAGCCUUGACAGAAUUGAACGAGCAAGACUCGAAGUCCAAGAAUGAUACAAUGGCGAGGUCGUCAAGUAGCACAAGUUGGCGGUGCUCAUGUGAUUCAUUUACGUCAACACUGACAUCAUUCAUUUUCUUCCAGGAACCAUAUUACACCCUCAUCGCUCCGGCCAUAAUCUUACAAUGUUUUGUGAUGGCCGCUUGGAUGCUGUUUCUCGUACCUCACGCAGAAGAAGCGGGAAUUGAACGAUCCAAUGCAGUCUUUCUCUUCACUAUAGCCGGCAUCAGCGGUAUAUUUGGCCGCAUCUUGUACCUAGUCCUUCUACACUUUAAAUGUGACAAUACCAUUAUCUUCUGUUUCACUUGCACAAUCAGUGCAAUCUCGUGUUUUAUUGACUCUGUCAGUUCCAGCUACAUUUUCCUAGCAGCAAUGGCACUCAUUCAAGGUACCACCUUCUUCAUUUUAGACUGUCUUCCACACGCGAUGAUGAAGCUAUCUGUUCGAAAUGAAGCGAACAUUCCUAGAGCCAUUUCACCAAAUCUAUUACUAGUCGGGAUAGGUGUAAUAACAGGAGAUGCUUUAUCGGGUUAUAUCUAUGACGUCACAUCGUCGUUUGGCACGGUAUUUGUAGUGUACGGUGCACUUCUUGUCCUCAUCACGGUCAAUCUGGUGAUCUUUAAGCUGAAUUUUCGACGCUGGUCUCGUGAGUAAAAAUAACUGCCAAACAAUAUGAUGACGUUCCAUUUCGAAAUAUCAGACAUCACUCAGGAAUGGAAUCAUCAGUGGUGGUAUUCAGUGUGAACGCAUUGCGCAGUUAAUUAAUGAAUCAAUCCUGCCAGGUAGCCAUUUACUACACCUGGGUCUAAAAAGGCAUCUAUAAAUAAAAUACCUUUUAUAAAGACGAUUGCACCAAGCAGUCCUGGCACCAAGCAAGGACUCAAACCCGCACUCUUUCAGCUGAAACUAACUGAACAUAUCUCAGUACAACAAUGCUUCUACAUGUAUAUGCUACAUGUAUAUAUACCUUCAUUAGACACUCUGAUAAAUUGAAAUUUCUAGUUAAACUAUGGUCAUUAUAUUUUAGAAUGACGAACACGACG